UAUAAAACGAGACAAAAUAUACAGAAUUUGAAUCCCGUGUGCAGUUCCCUUGUUUUUAUUGGUUUUUUUUUUAAUUUUGUACACAAGCCAGGCAGAAAUGGAUUUAGGGGUGCAUGGUACACCUGAAACAACAAUGGAUUCCGAUAGGCGCCUAAGAAAUGAUGGUGGUUUUGAAAGGACCAGAAGUUUUUCCUUUGAAGGAAAUCAAUGGAAACAUUUUGUGGACAGCUCUAUCAAAUUGGAAUGGAACGCAAGUUCAAUGGGAGUGUGCAGAAAUGGUAGACUAGCUGUAGUUGCUGCGAGACGUGGCUUUCUAGUUGUUAACUUUGACAAUCCAACAAAGCCAAAGAAGAUCAUUUGCAAUAACAAAUGGGAGCCUGGUGCCUUGGAAUGGAACCCCCAUCAGUCCAGUGAAGAUUUGUUUGCGUCAGUGGUUAACCAAAAGAUUGAAAUAUGGAAUAUAAACGAACUUUCAAAUGAAAGCCCUCGAAUUGUUUUAUCUGGCCAUACUCGCACAAUCAGUGAUAUAAAUUGGAACUAUUAUGAACCAUCAUCAUUGUUGACUUGCUCAAUGGACACAUACAUUAAUUUGUGGGACAUUAGGCAAAGCAGGAAGCCAGCAAGUACUUUUACAACAGUGGCUGGAUCUUCGCAAGUUAGAUGGAACCAUAAAAAUAAGAACUUGUUUGCUAGUGCCCAUGAUGGUGAUGUGAGGAUAUGGGAUAUAAGGAAAGGAAACAUACCAUCAGUUUACAUAGCUGGUCACUUGUCUAAAAUUCAUGGAUUUGAUUGGUCACCACAGAAAGAAAGUUAUUUUGUUACCGCUAGCAAUGAUUCUACAGUCAAGUUUUGGGAUAUGAAUUCUCCAAAACAACCACGUGCAUCUAUAAACAAUGGCGCCCCUGUCUGGAAAGCAAGAUACACGCCAUUUGGUAAUGGACUUGUAACCGUUUUGGUACCACAAUUGAGAAGGAGUGAAAAUAGCUUAUUUUUGUGGAACACAUCCGAGUUUAAAACUCCUAUCCACAAGUUUGAUGGUCACACUGAUGUUAUUUUAGAGUUUCAAUGGCGACUUCAACAAAUCGGUGACCAAAAUGAGUACCAGCUUGUAUCUUUAUCAAAGGACCAAACACUGCGGUUGUGGCGAGCAGACAAAAAAACUGUCCAGGCUAUUACCGGAGAAUACGAAAAAUUAUUUAGCCACAUACCUACAACGGUUGCAUCACCACUUAGCCCGACACCAUCUCUGGAAGGUGGAACAUCAGUUGAUACAACAACUAUGAAUAACAGCAUGACAAAAGACAAUACUUUCACCACAUCACCUGUGUUGUCCUCCACUAUGAAAGAAAUGAGAUUAGAAUUGCGUAUGAACCAAACGAACACGACAGAAUCAUCAGGGCAACCGUUGCUAAUGACACAACCUCUGACAUUACUGGAUACCAAACCACAAGGUCCUGUCUCGCCUCCCACAGUUGUUUCUCCUGAUAGAACACUAUCUCCGUUGAGUGGUAGAAAAACAGCCUUCCGUAAACAUGGUGGUCAAACACAGCCUGUUGUUGAUUCGACAACUGGGGAUGUCAUACACUCACAAACACUUCAACAGGAAUUCUCUCUGAUCAGUUUACAUAAUCAUCCUGUGUAUAAAAUAGAAAAGAUGGAUUGGGAAUAUCGAUUGUGUACAGUGUCUGCCAAAGUUGGUACACAUCCAAUCCGGCUACAGAUAACAUUUCCCCUUUCAUAUCCCGACAAAGUGGCUCCUAACUUUCAAUUUGGUAAGGAUUCCAAACUCGACGUCGAAUCCAGAAAGAAAAUUAUUCAGGCUUUGUCUGAAGUGGCACAGCAGCAUGUUAAGUUCAAUCGGACCUGUUUGGAACCAUGUUUGCGUCAACUGAUAGCCCAAAUUCAAGAGUUCAAGAUAAAGGAUUCCGUGAGAAGUGAUGACAGCCUUACUCCACAGACGCCACCAGCAAACGCCAUCAAUUCAUUCACUUUCAAACGAGCUGAGUUGGGAUCCGAUCCAAGUUAUCAGGAUUCAACUGUUCCAUUCCCUCGGACGUGCGGUGCACGGUUUUGUGGUGUCGGAGAUAGGUUGGUUGUGUUCUCCCGACCAGAAAAAUUCAACACCAUUGUGAAUGUAGAAAAAUCCGUGAGGUCAUUGUCAGCCUUGUAUGCAUAUUUCGUGAAUUUAUCAAGCGAGGAGCCUUUCGACAACUCGACUUUUGAAGAGCAUGGAACCUACAAAACACCAAAAUCUGUUGGUCCUGUUUACGUUUGUAACACAUCUGGUUUGCUACCAGUGUCAAAAUACCUUGCACAGAACUACUAUUUGAAUGGAGAGGAUCCCUCUGAACUUUGCUUGAAAAACGCUUCACUUGCGCAAUCUGUUCAUCGGAAUGAUUUGGUGCAAACGUGGUCCCUUCUCGCCAAAGUGAUGGACACUAAAUUGAACCCAAAUCCAAAUCUUGACCUCGCUUUUUCGCCACCGUGGUCGUGCCACCCGUUUGGAAAGAAAUUAGUUGAAUCAUUAUUUAAGUAUUAUGAGAGCGUCCAAGAUAUCCAAACGUUAGCAAUGAUCAGCUGUAUGCUGGCUAAACAAUAUUUACCUGACGAACUCAAAUUACAAAGGCCAGCUGAGGGAGAGAACAAGAUCAUCAAAAGCCUGAGACAUCCCUCGUUAGAUGAUUUCCAAGUUUCGCCAGAAUUUCCAUACAACGUCUAUAAUAAAAUGUCAUCGGGAGAUGGAAGUUGGUCACCGCCAACAUUUGUAGAGCAGAAACUCAUUGAUCCUGAAGAAGAACUGAGAAAGCAGCAUAGCUUGAACUGCAGGUUACUUGAUCCGUCAAACACUUUCCGAUUUGACCAGUUUAAGCGGUUUUAUGGCGAAGUGCUUUAUCGAUGGGGUUUUACUAGUCAGCGUACUGAGGUGAUGAAAUACAUCACGGAGCAGCCGGAACAAAUUCGAGGCUUAGAUAUUUGUUUGGAUUGCAACACGUGUAAGAAGUCACAGAGACAACCGUGCUGCGUCACGUGCAAGUCAAUCAUUGUCAAAUGUUCAGUUUGUCGUGUGGGAGUUAGAGGUCUAUUAAGCUUUUGUAUGGUGUGCGGCCAUGGUGGACAUAUGUUCCAUUUGAUGGAUUGGUUCCGACAAAACGACUGGUGUGCAACUGGAUGCGGCUGUUGUUGUCUGAGAAUUGGAAAGUUCUCCUCUGAAUAAAAAAAUAGAUCUUCUUGUAUUCCAAAGCGCACAGUGCAUCAUGCAUCAGUAAGAAGAAAAACAAAAACAAAAAACAGAUCAGCUUACCUCACGAGAAGAGUUUCUUUCUGGAAUUUUGAAAUCAAUUAUUACCCAAACAAGUUCAAAUUUUUGAGUGCAACACGCGUAUUGGUUGUAUUUUAUAUGAGGGAUAUCAAAUUCCCAUAGACACAUGUUGAUAUAUUUUGUAUAUUUUAUAUUCUCCCGACAUUUGUGUAUAUGUAUUCAUAUUUUUGAGAUGUCAAAUCGCGUCUGGGAAGUCUAGAAUUGUUAUAAAUUUACAUAUUUUCUAUUAGAUUCUGUUUUGUAAAUAUUGUAAUAUAAUUUAGAUUAAUCCGAAGUUAUAAUGGC